CUCACUGUCUCUCACCCAACUACAAACAACUCUACUGAACAAACUUUAUAUAUCAACACAUCUUCAUCAAUUUUCGUCUUCUCUAAGGAUUUUCUCUCGUCCUCUCCUCACAACACCAACAACAUUCUCUUAAUCUUUUAACCACAAACCAUAUAAUAAUAGCGUUUGCAUUGUUUUAUAUGAUACAUAUAAAUCUGUUUUUGUGUAUAUAUCAAUGAAAGCGUUUCAUAAAGAGUUCUAAAUUUAGAAAUCAAACGCGUAUCUGGGCCUAAAAGAGCGCUUGACGUUGUAUAAUAACCCAUAAAACAGCUUUCAAUCCUCUCAUUUCGUAUCAAUCCUUGCAUUUUCCUCUCUAUCACUUUAGCAAUUUUCCAAUUUUAGAGAGAGAGAGAGAGCGAAAUAUAGAACCCCAGAGGCGGAUAUGGGUCGGUGAUGGAUGAAUCAGUUUUUUGUGGCAUUCUUGAUUUUUUUUCUCUGUCUAUUCUCUCUUUUCCCAAAUGGGUUCUUCGUUAGUUUUCAGUUUGAUCCAAAUGGGUCACUUCCUCUUUCUAAAGUUUUCCUGAAAACAGCAUUGGAAUCUAGUUUUUUAAUAUACUCUGAAUCGAGAAUGGCGUCUUCUCAAGUCGAAGUCGCUUCGUCUUCUCCUUUCGGGUGUGUUUUGAGAGAUCACAAUCGGCGAGAUCGAUGCAGCAGAGAGAGCAAUGUCAGAGCCGCACAUGUAGCUUUUCAGAAGAAUCUCAAGAACUUUGUUAGAGACCAUUUCAAUUCCUGCAUUUCACCUUCACCAAACGACUCUGAUUCAUCCACGGACGAGAAUUCUGACAAUCCCCAAAUCAACAACACAAACACUAGCUCGGUUGACAAAGAACAGAGGAACAACAAAGUCAAGAUAGAUCGUUGGUCUCGAGCUCGAGAAAUGGUGUCUUCAAAAGGGUCUAUGAAUCAGAGAGAGAGUUCUCAGAAUCGUCAAAUCGACAAUGGGGAUUCUUGGGUUGGUGAAGAACAGAGAGACAACAACAACGACAACAAAGCUAAAAUUGAUCAUUGGGCACGAGCUCGAGAAAUGGUGUCAUCGAGAACAUCAAAGAUUGAGAGGGAGGAAAUACCAAACAUGGUUGGUGUUUCUUCGCUUGUUCAGAAAUGGAGGGACUUGGCUAAGCAAAAUCAGUCUGACAGCUCGAAUUCUUCUCCUGUUCAUCCCAGCAGGACCAAUUCUGAGUCGAGCCACAUAGAAACUGUUUGUGUUAUUGACGAGCCGGCAAGACGUUCUGAAGAUGGUGAUUCUGUGGAUGAAAGGUUUGGUACUCCUACGACAAUGAUGUCGUUGGAGGACUCUUUCCGGGAUUGGGAGUCCGGUGGAAACACCCCGAGCUGUCCACCUUCUGCGCGUGCGCGGGAUUCGGAUGCUGGAGAGAGGGAGAAGGAGAAGGAAAAGGAGAGGGAGAGAGAGAGGGAAAGGGAGAGGCUCAAAGUGUCUGAUAUUAUUAAGAAGCUGUCAUCAACCCCCAACAGCACUCGGAGUUCUUUAAAUUCUGCAUAUGAUGAUCAUGACCGCGAGCAGCCUCUUCUGAAUGCAGCAUUGUCUCAUGAGUGUGCUUUAUUGGACCAACUAGAACAACAGAAGGGUUUCUUGCCGGUUGCAUUAUCACCCCGGAUCAGAGGACGCCAGGCAUUGAAUGAUCUACUUGUUCAGAUGGAGGGCGAUAGGCACAAGGAGCUCGAAGGGCUGGUAGAGCGUCGGGCAGUAUCAAAGUUCUCUCAAAAAGGCCGCCUUCAGGCAAUGCUUCGGCUUAGAUUCUUACGUGAAGCAACGGUUGGAAAUCACAGGCAUUUGAAAUCAUUGGGGUCUGAUUCAAAUAGACUACUUACUCAAGGAUCUAACAUCACUCUUCUCAGGGAGAGAUUCAACACAGGAGUUGAGCAUGAUGCAGCUAAUUUGAGAAGUCCUCAUGCAGAGGUGGUAAACAACACAGGAAUUGAGCAUGGCACUGCUAAUUUGAGAAGCCCUCGAGGAGAGGUGGUAAAUAACACACUAAAAGAGGAAAAUUCUUCUCCCUCCAAUCAAUUAGUUGAGCAUGAUGCAGCUAAUUUGAGAACCCCCCGUGCAGAGGUGGUAAAGGUAAACAACACAGGAGUUGAGCAUGGCACUGCUAAUUUGAGAAGCCCUCGAGGAGAGGUGGUAAAUAACACGCUAAAAGAGGAAAAUUCCUCUACGUCUAAUCAAUUACUUGAGCAUGAUGCAGCUAAAUUGAGAACCCCCCGUGCAGAGGUGGUAAACAACACAGGAGUUGAGCAUGGUGCUGCUAAUUUGAGAAACCCUCAUGGAGAGGUGGUAAAUAACACACUAAAAGAGGAAAAUUUCUCUACCUCUAAUCAAUUACUUCAGCAUGAUGCAGCACGUGCGGAGGUGGUAAGCAACACAGGAGUUGAGCAUGGUGCUGCUAAUUUGAGAACCCGGCAUGGAGAGGUGGUAAGUAACACACUAAAGGAGGAAAAUUCUUCUACCUCCAAUCAAUUACUUGGAGAAAACACACUAAAGGAGGAAAAUUCUUCUACCUCCAAUCAAUUACUUGGAGAAAACAUCCAUCAUAAGGAAGUUAACACUGGGAGGCAGAAUACAUCCCAAGUACAGAUCUUUGUUCUAAAGGUAGAAAAUUCUUCUACCUCCAAUCAAUUAGUUAAAGAAGACAUUCAUCAUCAAGAAUUUAAAAAGACCGAGAAGCAGAGUACAUCCCGAGUACAGAGCUUUGUACUUAAAGUAGAAAAUUCCUCUACCUCCAAUCAAUUACUCGGAGAAGACAUUCAUCAUCAGGAAUUUAGCAACACUGAGAAGCAAUGUACAACCCAAGUACAGAACUUUGUAUCAUCCAGAAUAGAAGAUUUUCAUGCAGAAUCUAGUCCAUGUUUAAAUACUUUAUGGCCAGCGACAAGCUAUGAGGUUAGCAACCUUGACUUGCCAGAAUCUGCCGGGACAGUGACAUCCUCAAAUGGUUGGGAGGACAAUGUAAAUUGGGAAGAACAAGAGGCCAAUAACCAGAAACUAGUGGGAACUGACCAUGACUGGGUAAGAGAGAAUUUUCAACAAAGUAAUUGGGAAGAACAAGAGGCCAUUAAGCAUCAGCAAGUAGGCAGCAAUCAUAACUGGAUAGGUGGUGAUUCAUGGCAAGAGGACAAUUGGGGAAAACAAGAGGCCAAUCACCAACAGCUGGUAGAAACUAAUUGUGACUGGAUAAGUGAUAUUUCUCGCACAUGGAACGAUUGGGAAAAUGAAGAUGCCGAUCACCAGCAGCUACUAGAAACUAAUUGUGACUGGAUUACUGAUAUUUCCCGCCCACGAAGUGAUUGGGAAGGUCUCAGGCAAGCUAGGUAUGAGGAGAUGCUAGAUCCUUACUCGAACAAUGAAGACAUACGGCAACUACUCAACAGGAAAAGUGUGUCGUCUUUUCUUUCUAGUAAUUUACGAGAUACAAUGGACCAAUUGAUGAUAUCUCGUGUACAACAACCACCACAUCCAAUUAGCAAUCAGGAAGAAGAACAAGAAGAGGAUUUGCAGAAGUCUUAUUUACAAAGGCAGACACAUCCAAUGGGGAGUCAGCAAGAAGAUGAACAAGAAGAGGAGGACAAUGAAGAACAAGAAGAGGAGGAGGAGGAGGAAGAAGAGGAAGAAGAAGAAGAGAGUCCAUUUGGGCAUCAAUAUGACGAAGUUUGUGAGUAUUUUGAUCAAGCUACAUCACCAAUUCAAUCACGUUUACAAACUGUAAAGAGGGCAUGUAAUCGUGAUCAUGAAGUCAGUGAUUAUUCUGAUCAAGUGAUAUCUCCUUCCUUGCCACAACCUUCAUCUGCUCAAUCUUUCUACCAUCCUUCAUUUGAAAUGGAACUCAUAUACGAUUUGAGAGGACAACUGGAGCAACUCCAUCAUGAGAUAUAUGAGCUGCGAAGAUCAAUAAAGAGCUGCAUGAGCAUGCAGGUGAAGAUGCAGCGGUUCAUGAAGCAGGAGGCUACAACUGCUGCAAGUCCCUCGGUUCGAGGGGAGAUGGAGACGAUCAAUGGGCCUCCAGGAAAAGGAAGUUGCCGUGUUUGCCACAAAAUGCAAGUUGAUUCUGUUUUGUACAGAUGUGGGCACAUGUGCACCUGUCUCAAGUGUGCCCAUGAGUUGCAAUGGAGUAGCGGAAAAUGUCCGAUAUGUCAAGCUCCAAUACUUGAUGUUGUGCCAGUUCACUGAUUCAUUCGAGCACACGUGAAUGAGUUCUUUGCUUGUGAGGAGGAUCGUCUUCAAACUUUUAUUCCAUGGAACAUGGGUUGAAGGAUGGAUUCUUUUUCCUUUUCUUUUUCUUUUUUCUUUUUCUUUGUGUUUUAUGCUUGUGGAAUAUUAUAUAUACCAGGCCAGGUUAACAAAUGUGCUUGUUCUCCACUGGUCUGAGCUUUCUUUCUUUCUUUCUUUCUCAUUUUUACACGAUAAGUCAUUACGAAUUUGUUUUCCUUCCAGAUUGUCAUUUGUAUAUGUUUCAGAAUCAAGAAUCAUACUAACAGAUCUUUAUAUUUA